CCUCUCCCUCUCCUCGCUGCUGCCUCCUGGACUCUUUGGGAUUUUAUACCUAGUGAUGUGUAACUUACAGGAUGCCCAGUAGCAUUGGAAAGAGAUUUAAACCUACGAAAUACAUCCCGGUCUCCACAGCAGCAGCCUUAUUAGUGGGAUCUACUACUUUGUUCUUCGUCUUCACGUGCCCCUGGUUAACAAGAGCCGUCUCUCCAGCCAUCCCUCUAUACAAUGGGCUCGUGUUCCUGUUUGUACUCGCAAACUUCAGCAUGGCAACCUUCAUGGACCCUGGGGUUUUUCCACGAGCAGACGAAGACGAGGAUAAAGACGACGACUUCCGAGCUCCGCUCUACAAGAACGUGGAGAUUAAAGGGAUCCAAGUACGGAUGAAGUGGUGCGCCACCUGCCAUUUCUACCGCCCUCCGCGCUGUUCCCAUUGCAGCGUCUGUGACAAUUGUGUUGAGGAUUUUGACCAUCACUGCCCUUGGGUUAAUAACUGCAUAGGACGGAGGAACUACCGAUAUUUUUUCCUUUUCUUGCUGUCCUUAAGCGCCCACAUGGUUGGAGUGUUCAGCUUUGGGCUUAUCUAUGUUUUACACCAUGCGCAGAAGCUGGGGGCGGCGCCCACAGCCAUCACUAUGGCUGUCAUGUGUGUGGCGGGUUUGUUCUUUAUUCCAGUCAUUGGUCUCACAGGUUUCCAUAUUGUUUUAGUGGCCCGGGGACGCACUACUAAUGAACAGGUGACGGGUAAGUUCCGUGGGGGAGUAAAUCCUUUCACUCGAGGAUGCUGCGGUAAUGUGGAACACGUUCUCUGCAGCCCUCUGGCACCCAGGUACAUUGUUGAGCCAAAGAAGAAACAGCCCGUAAGUGUGAAACCACCGUUCCUGAGACCAGACUUAACUGAGCGACAGAUCACAGUGAAGAUAAGCGACAAUGGCAUCCAAGCCAAUCUCAAUCGGAGCAAGUCUAAAGUUAGCCUGGAAGGGCUGGAAGAUAAAACCAUGGAUAUUCAGCCUCCUCUACCCCCCAAAGGAGAUUCCAGCAAGUACAGUGAGCUGGGGAGCAGCGAAGAGAGCAGCCUUUCACCCAAACUGAUGAGCCCUCCCACACCUGCAAUGUAUAAGUAUCGUCCAGCUUUCAGCAACGAUCCCAAAGUGCACUACCACGGAGCAUCUGAACAGAUCUCCAUUCAGGAAGGACACAAGCCAGGACCUGUGAUGGAGGAGAAUGACAGCAGCCUGGAUUACCAGUCGGAGCCCAGCCUGGAUAUCCCCAACUACCGGAAGAGUUCCCUUCACAAGACUUACCAGUCUUCCCCGCUGCAGAUAGAUUCCUUUGCUGUCAACUCGAGGUCUUUGAGCCUGAAAUCUGCCAGCAGGAGAGGAGGACCAGACAAAAUGCCCCUGCAUCCCAUGAAGUCAGAAGGGGCCACCUCCACACCUUACAAAAGCAUCUUUUCCCCCAACUCCCUCUCAAACAGGAAUGGGAGCUUGUCGUACGACAGCUUGCUCAACCCCAUGUCCCCCUCAGGGAGGAGAUGCAUAGCUCAUUCCGCCGUGGGCUCCGUCGGGUACCACUCACCGUAUUUGUCUGCCAAAAUGUGCCACCUGCGGGGCAGGGAGCUUCAGCGCGUGCCCCCGCAGAGCUUCAGCCCUGUGCUGGGCAGCUCGGCCCUGCACCCACGUGACCCCUCGCCAGUGCGCUACGACAACCUAUCGAAAACAAUCAUGGCAUCCAUUCAGGAGAGGAAAGAAAUGGAAGAGAGGGAGAAGCUCCUCCUCUCUCACCCAGACUCGGUGUUUGCAGACUCUGGUGUGUACGACACCCCUAGCUCCUACAGCCUUCAGCAAGUCAGCAUGCUGUCAGAAGACCCCCGUAGCAUAGUCAUGAGGUAUGGCUCUAGGGACAACCUGAUGACCGGCAACAGCUUUAGCGUGAGGAAUCCUGUGCUGCAGGCAUCCGUUUCUUCGCUCUCAAGUGCGAUGACCAGAACCUCAAGGACUUCCACUCCUUCCCUCCAAGCUGACCUAGCCAAUAACAAUGUCCAGGCCCAUCAGGCACUGCAGGGCAGGAUGAGCAAUGGCUCCUAUAAGUCACCCAGCCACCAAGUCCCAUCAUCCCCCGGGGGGAUUCCCAGGUCGCCCUCUUAUGGAGGCCCUAAAGCUGUCUCCUUCGUUAGCACCAUGGAGAUAACAGAGGCACAGCCUAUGGGGACUCCAAGGGAAGACAUCCAGUUGAAGACACCUCACAGUAAAAUUAAUGGACAGCCAAAAGGAAUUUCCAGAGUAGAGUGUCGACUAGGUUCAACGUCUAGCUCUCAGGGGGCCCCCAUGAGUCCUGCUAGACACUCAAACGUUAAGAAAGUGUCUGGAGUGGGUGGAACAACCUACGAAAUUUCAGUAUAAAAAGAAAUUCGUAAUAUAAAGAGCCAUCCGCAAACCCGGCCGUGAAGCUAGGUGCACUGUGAAGAGUCACACAAUAAUGCCAACAAGAUGAAAAGUAGGAGCAGCAGCUGAUGGUGACCUUUCUGUAUUAUUUUGUGUUGUUUUUAUUAAAAAAAAAUACAUACACACAAUCUUUUUUUUUUCCUGGCCAAAAACCAGCCUUAUUCUUGAAGGAAUCAGACUUUGUACAGCUCAUUGGAAACUAUCCUGAACAGACAAUUGGGAACUAAUUUAACAUCUACUGACGUAUGGCACCACAAUUCAGAGGUUUUUUUUGUUUUUUUUUGUGUGUGGAAGAGAAUGGGAAAGCUAUUGUGCAUUUGUCUCUGUCCACCAAACCUUGUCAUGUGGACAUUGUCGUGCUGUGGUCUAAAAACAAUUUCAUGUGGGCUUAGUGUUUUCUCUUAAACUCUCCAGGGUUGACGGAAAAGAAUAUGAAGGAGCAGCUGGGCCCAACAAGGGUUUUAUAUAUUUGGGUAGUGGGUUUGGCCUACAAGUGAUCAAACUGUUCAACUGUUUGGAGAAGUUGCGUAUGUAGCAGACCGUUGCCCCCAAUCGGCAGGGUUGGCUUGUUCCUUGCCUACAAUGGUUUCUGGUUCAUUUCCGGGGAGAAUGCAGAUUCUUUGUGCCUGUCCUCAUGUUCAUGAGGACAGAUCUGCUUCUUCCAUUGGAAUGAAUGGGGAAGCUCACACGUACAUUGAAGGUCAUGCGCACAAGUGGCCAUGUAUGGAUCUCUGCAUUGGUGAGCAAACACAUGAGGAAGAAUUCCCAAGUGAUGUUGAUGGUAUCCCUCUUCAACUGAAGGAGGCCAGUGGGUUCCCAAUAGUCAUCUAGCAACCAUCUUGGAGACUGGUCUAUAUGGGCAAAAUAAGGGUGGUUUUUUAGUUACCCUAUUGCCAUUUGUGGUUGUGUAGGAGAUUCUGUGUCAACAACUGCAUCUGUCCAUGUCCUAGAACCGUUAAACAAGUAAGGAACUUCCAUUCUUCCUUGGACAAUUUUAGGUAGGUUUUUUUUAAAAAAGAAAAAAGCCUGUCUUGCUCGAGAGAGAGAGAGAGAGA